ACAAUCAAUAAAGUUGUAUAUUUUUAAUUGUUGUAUGAUGUAAUUUAAAAAUUAUACCUCAGAACAAAGACUAUAUUGUUAUUAGUUAAUAAAAUUUAAAUAGCCUUAUUGGUUAAACAGUAGAGGAAAAAUUGAAAUUAAACAUCAAUAUGUUAACUACGGCGGCAAGUUCACUUUCAAAUAAUGGUGGAUCUUACAGUAAUGAUCGUAUUUCUACUGGAACAGAAGCUGAGCUAUCAAAUGAUCUUGCUUCUGGUGGAUUCUUUCAUGCUGAUUAUAAGAAACACGAUGAUUUAAAGCAAAUGCUGGAUAGUAACAAAGAUGGAAUGAAAUUGGAAGCUAUGAAAAGAAUCAUUGGUAUGAUAGCAAAAGGUAGAGAUGCCUCUGAUCUAUUUCCAGCAGUGGUAAAAAAUGUAGUUUCUAAAAAUAUUGAAGUUAAAAAAUUAGUCUAUGUAUAUUUGGUACGAUAUGCAGAAGACCAACAAGAUCUUGCGUUAUUAUCAAUUUCUACUUUUCAACGAGCAUUAAAGGAUCCUAAUCAAUUAAUAAGAGCAAGUGCUCUAAGAGUUCUUUCCAGUGUCAGAGUAUCAAUGAUAGUUCCGAUAGUAAUGUUAGCUAUUAAAGAUUCUGCUAGCGAUAUGUCACCUUAUGUUAGAAAAACUGCAGCUCAUGCAAUUCCUAAACUAUUUUCAUUAGAUUCAGAACAAAAAGAAGAACUUGUAACUGUUUUAGAAAAAUUAUUAUCGGAUAAGACCACUCUUGUAGUAGGAUCAGCUGUAAUGGCUUUUGAAGAAGUUUGUCCAGAUCGUAUCGAUCUUAUUCAUAAAAAUUAUAGAAAAUUGUGCAAUUUAUUGGUUGAUGUUGAUGAAUGGGGUCAGGUAGUUAUCGUUAAUAUGUUAACAAGAUAUGCAAGAACUCAGUUUUUGGAUCCAAAUACAAGUGAUUACGGAGAUGAUGGGAUGCAUCCAUUUUAUGAUCCCGAUUCAGAAUCAUCUAGUAUAAAAAAACAAAAAUUUAUUCUCGAUGCAGAUCAUCGAUUACUUUUACGUAAUACAAAACCAUUGUUGCUAAGUCGAAAUGCUGCAGUAGUUAUGGCUGUGGCUCAGUUAUAUUACCAUGUAGCACCUCGAAGUGAAGCAAUGGUUGCUGCAAAAGCUUUGAUAAGAUUAUUGAGAGGUCACAGAGAAGUUCAAAGUAUAGUUCUUCAUUGUAUUGCUAGUAUCUCAAUUACAAGAAAAGGCAUGUUUGAACCUUUUCUAAAAUCAUUUUUUGUUAGAACAUCAGAUCCAACGCAUAUAAAAUUAUUGAAAUUAGAUAUAUUAACAAAUUUAGCAACUGAAACAAGUAUAAGUGUUAUUUUAAGAGAAUUCCAAACAUAUAUUUCGAGCAGUGAUAAAGAAUUUGUUCGUGCUAGUAUUCAAGCUAUUGGAAGAUGUGCUAGUAAUAUUAAAGAAGUGACUGAUACAUGUCUUAAUGGGUUAGUUUCCUUAUUGAGUAAUAGAGAUGAAGCUAUUGUAGCAGAAAGUGUGGUGGUUAUAAAAAAAUUAUUACAAACUCAACCAAAUGAACACAAAGAUAUUAUAUCUCAUAUGGCUAAGCUAAUGGAUUUUAUAACAGUGCCACAAGCAAGAGCAUCAAUUUUGUGGUUACUAGGCGAAUACUCGAAUAGAGUUCCAAAAAUAGCUCCUGAUAUUUUAAGGAAAAUGGCAAAAACAUUUAUAAAUGAAGAAGAUAUUGUGAAAUUGCAAAUUUUAAAUUUAGCUGUUAAAUUGUACCUUAGUAAUCCUGAACAAACAGAAAAAUUCUGCCAAUAUGUUUUUCAAUUAGCUAAAUAUGAUCAAAAUUAUGAUAUUCGAGAUCGAACGCGUUUUCUUAAGUACUUUAUAUUUGAAGACGACGAAAAAUCCAAUAAGAAAUUGUCACAAUACGCAAAUAAAAUUUUUCUUGCUCAUAAACCAGCUCCAACGCUUACAUCCAGAUUCAAAGAUAUACAGUUUCAAUUGGGAACUUUAUCACAUUAUCUUGAUAUGCCUUGUACUGGUUACCGUCCAUUACCUUCAUUUCCUAAUGUACCGCCAGAUCCGUCUUUACGCGAUGUACCUGAUGUUACGCCAUCACAUGAUAUGUAUUAUGCUGAACGAGCUAGCAAAAAAGAUAAAAAAGAAAAGAAAAAAAACAAGGAAGAAGUUUUGUACUGUGUUGGCGAGAGCACACCAGAAGAAGAUUCAGAAGAUGAACGUUCAAAUACCGACGAUAAUUCAAAUAUCGAUUCAUCGGAUGAAGAAAAUAGUGAUUCGUCAGCUGAACAAUCAUUAACGUCAGAGAAGUCUGAAAAUGAAGUAAAAAAAGUUGUAAAUAGUAAAAAGAUUAAAUCUCAUAAAAAUGAUGAAGUUAGUAGUGAAACUGAAGAUUCAGAUGACGAUGAAACAUCUUCUGAAGAUUCUGAGUCUGACUCUGAAAGUGGAAUGGAAACAUAUACAUUAGAGAAAACAACUUCUGCAGUGAAUAAUAAAAUAAAACCCGAAAUUAAAAAUAAUAAAACAGUAGAAUCCAAAAGUAAUUUAGAUUUACUUUUAGAUUUAGAUGAUGUAUUGCCUAUGACUCCUAUAAUGACACCAAGUUUGGGUGGAUUUCUUACACCUACUUUACCUGCAGCAAUAUCGAUAUCUUCUUUAGAUGGUAUGAAAGAAGUUCCACCCUCAUUCAUUCCAAUAAAAAAAUAUGAAUUACUUAAUAAAAUUAGUGGACACGGUUUAAAAAUGGAAUACAGAUUUACUAGGUCUGAACAUUUAGUUAAUUCUUCUAUGGUUAACAUUGAAUUAACAUUUACUAAUGAAAGUAUUGAAACUAUUAAGAAUAUUCAUGUUGGAAAUAAGAAUCUUUCAAAUGGAAUAUCUCUUUAUGAUUUUAUACCAAUUUCAAUUCUUAAAUUAAAUACAUCAGUAUCUUGUACAAUUGGUAUUAAUUUUAAUGAUUCUACACAACCAGCUUCGUUUGAUAUUAAUUUUACUGUCAAUGAUGAUCAAAUAUAUCGUACUAUUAAUAUUAAAGCACCUAUUGGAGAGAUUAUUAGAUCUGUUUUUCUAUCUGAAGCAAAAUUUUUAUCUGAAAAAAAUCAAUUGAAGGGUAUGAAUGAAUAUUUCACGACAAUUAAUUAUCCAGGAAAUAAAAAAACUUUGUCUCAACAAAUUUUGGAAAUUGCUAAUCUUGCUAUAACAUCAAGUAAUGAUGAUACUAUCAGGUUUGCUGCCUAUACUCUUGCUUCUAAAUCUUUAGUUUUAAUAACCAUACAAACUACAGAACUGAAUAAAUUUGAUAUUUAUAUCAAUUGUGAGAAGAUGGUAAUAGGUUCAAUAUUAUUAAAUGAAAUAAAAAAUCAUUUCAAUCGAAUGGACUAUUGAAUGAAGCAAUUGAAUAUUUGUAAUAAAGUAAAAAAAAAUGUUUAAUAUAAGUAGUGUGU